AUGAUUGGGCAUAGGGAGGAGUUGUUGGAUAAGAUCCAGGAUACGAGCAACCUGACUGCUCAGCAUGAGUCCACAGGCCAAAAACUGAGAGUCUCAUCUCUUUCCCCUUUCCCUCUCCCCCUUCUCCACCCCUCCAGGUGUGGUAUCCGAGGCUCCAGGUCCUUCAGCAGUUCUGGUUAUCCUGCAGUGCCACUGUCUACCCCACUUCCCAGUCUCCCAAAGCCCAUCUUCGCCACAGUCAGUGGACAACACAAAUACGAGACCCGGAUCACGGUGUUGGAGAACGGGCUGCGAGUGGCCUCGCAGGACAAGUUUGGACAAUUCUGCACUGUUGGAGUUUUAGCAAAUGCAGGAUCGAGACACGAGGCGAGAUAUCCAAGUGGAAUCUCCCACUUUAUAGAAAAACUGGCCUUUUCGUCCACUGCACAGUUUGGCUCAAAGGAUGAGAUCCUGCACACACUGGAGAAACACGGAGGCAUCUGUGAUUGCCAGUCUUCCAGGGACACGACGAUGUUUGCAGUUUCUGCAGAGGUGAAAGGUUUGGAAACUAUGGUCAAUCUCUUGGCUGAUGUGGUGCUUCAACCAAGAUUAACAGACGAGGAGUUGGAGAUGAUGCGCCUGUCGGUCCGUUUUGAACUGGAAGAUUUGCAGAUGCGACCGGACCCCGAGCCCCUCCUGACAGAGAUGAUUCAUGCGGCAGCUUACCAGGACAAUACGGUGGGGCUGCCCAGGUUCUGUCCUGCAGAGAACGUGGAGAAGAUCGAUCAGAAGCUGCUUCACUCGUUCCUGAGGAAUUACUACACAGCAGACAGGCUGGUGCUGGCUGGAGUUGGAGUUGAUCAUGACCAACUGGUGGAGCAUGCAAAGAAAUACCUGCUGGGUUACACCCCUGUUUGGGGGUCAGGAAGGCCCAUUGAUGUUGACCACUCGAUCUCCCAGUACACAGGGGGAAUUGUGAAGGUGGAGAAGGACAUGACUGAUGUUAGCCUUGGACCCACUCCCAUCCCAGAGCUCACCCACAUCAUGAUUGGGCUGGAAAGCUGCUCCUUUCUGGAGGAUGAUUUCAUCCCCUUCGCUGUGCUGAACAUGAUGAUGGGUGGUGGUGGCUCGUUCUCAGCCGGAGGUCCAGGGAAGGGAAUGUUCACCAGACUCUACCUCAACGUCUUAAACAGGUCAGAACCCCGAGAUGUGGGUGGCGUGGGGAGGGGUCUACAGGACGCUGGUGGCCUGGCCCUGCACACAGGCUGCUGUGUGGGACGACUGGUGUUAGAACUCCAGAGUCUGGGGUGUGUGUGUGAGGGAGUGUCUUAUUUCCCUGAGUGUCAGCUUUGACAGAAACCCCUCUCUGCCCACUACAUGGGGAGCGUAAGAUCAGAGCAUAAGAGCCAGGAGCAGGAGCACACCAUUUGCUCCACCAUUCAAUAAGUUCACGACUGAUCUUUUCAUGGGCUCAGUUCCACUUACCCACCCGCUCACUAUAACCCUUAAUUCCUUUACUGUU